GCCUGCUUCCGGUGUCCGCCCUCCGGCUCCUCCCGCCGCUGCCGCCACCGCCGCCGCUGCCGCCGCGAUGCUGCUGCUGUGGCGGUCCCGCUGCCUGGGCCGGGCGCUGGGCCGCUCGCUGCGUGCCCUCCGGCAGGGGAACUGUACUCUGGCAAGAUGCUCUCUGUCUGGUGUGGCUGGGAGCCAAGGAAUGGCUUACAUGAACAGCAGGAAGCUUGUAGUAAAUAGCUCCAGUGUCUUCACUGUCCGUUACUUCAGAACCACUGCAGUACGUAGGGAUGAUGUGGUUACAGUGAACACACCAGCCUUUGCAGAGUCAGUCACAGAAGGAGAUGUCAGGUGGGAGAAAGCUGUUGGAGACACAGUGGCAGAAGAUGAAGUGGUGUGUGAGAUUGAAACAGAUAAGACAUCAGUGCAAGUUCCAGCCCCAGCAGCUGGUGUGAUUGAAGCCCUUCUGGUACCUGAUGGUGGCAAAGUGGAAGGGGGGACACCUCUGUUCAAACUCAGGAAAACUGGAGCUGCUCCUGCCAAGGCCAAACCAGCAGCAGCCCCUCCUCCUCCUGCAGCCCCUGAACCUGUAGCUGCGGCUCCUCCUCCUCCUGCAGCGCCAAUUCCCACUACAAUGCCACCAGUGCCACCUGUGUCAACUCAGCCCAUCGACAGCAAGCCAGUGUCUGCGGUGAAGCCGGCUGCAGCCCCAGCGGCAGCCCCUCCUGGGGAGGCAGUGCCCAGCAAAGGUGCCAGAUCAGAGCAUAGGGUGAAAAUGAAUCGGAUGCGCCAGCGCAUCGCCCAGCGGCUGAAAGAGGCUCAGAACACUUGUGCCAUGCUGACCACUUUCAACGAGAUCGACAUGAGCAACAUCCGGGAUAUGAGAGCUGUACACAAGGAUUCCUUCCUGAAAAAGCACAACCUGAAGCUAGGUUUCAUGUCAGCUUUUGUGAAAGCUGCAGCUUUUGCUCUGCAGGACCAGCCUGUUGUGAAUGCAGUGAUUGAUGACACGACCAAAGAGAUUGUGUACAGGGACUAUGUGGACAUCAGCGUGGCUGUAGCGACUCCCCGGGGUCUUGUGGUCCCUGUUGUUAGGAAUGUAGAAAACAUGAACUAUGCUGACAUAGAGCGUGCCAUCUACGAGCUGGGGGAGAAGGCAAGGAAGAAUGAACUGGCCAUUGAAGACAUGGAUGGUGGCACUUUCACAAUCAGCAAUGGAGGGGUUUUUGGGUCAUUAUUUGGGACACCUAUCAUUAACCCACCCCAGUCUGCCAUCUUAGGCAUGCACGCCAUCUUUGACAGGCCCGUGGCCGUGGGAGGCAAGGUGGAGGUGCGGCCCAUGAUGUACGUGGCGCUGACGUACGACCACCGACUGAUCGACGGCAGAGAGGCUGUCACCUUCCUGCGCAAGAUCAAGGCAGCGGUGGAGGACCCCCGCGUGCUGCUGCUCGACCUGUAGAGCACCCACACCCCCACAGCACCCACCCAGGGCAAGGCCGCAGCACCAGCAAGGGCGAUGCAGGGCAUUCAGGAGCUGGCAGGGGUCAUUCCGGUCUCGCUCUCUCCGCUGUGAUUGGGGCUGUCCCAGAGGGAAUUGUGGGGAUAGCUCCUACCUCCUUCCCUUAUUCCAUUGACACAAGUUCAGUUUCUCACGAGGAUUGCUUUGCAGUGGGCCGGCCACUGAACGGCACUGCCUUUCCAGAGUUGUCUCUGUGGCAUUCUCUCCCUCACAGCACCAAACUCUCACCUCGAGCUUGUCCUAUACUACUGGAAACUGCUUGCUGCUGCUGUGCUAGGGUACCCUUCCCUGCCACUCCGAGGCAGGUUCAGCUUUACUUUUCCUAGCACUGAGGUUCCUGAGAGGGAGAGGAGAGGAAAGGCUACUGCUCUGUCCCUGUUUUGCUUGAAAGUAUUUCACUCUUGUCUGCCAUGCAGGGGUAGUCUGGGGAGCCCCAGGUCCCUUGCAGCGGAGGUUUUGACCACAGCAGGGCUUGAGGUAGAUGGCAGUGCCCUAGUUUUACACUCCCUCCACAGACAGGAACGCAGCAGUGGCAGCUCCCCUGCUUUCCCUCGGAGAUUGUUUGUUUCUCUUCAGCCUAGUCACUGUGGCACAAAUGUCUGUGCCCAGGUGGGCAGAGCCUGUGACCUCUAUGAAGGUAGCACUGUUCCUGGGUGGGCAACCCUGUCACCAUUACAUGCCUGACACAGGAGAGGUAGGAACCAGCCCCCAGCAGCUGUCCUUGAAUCACAGCUCCCUGACAGUGGAUCUGACUGCUGGCUUCCUGCGUGCGAGGGCUUGGCCUGCUACCAGCCACGAGACAGCUGGGGAGGGCCAGGUCCUUAACUGUAAUGUAUAUCCCAGCCUGCUGGUUUGGGGGGGAGGGGGGCAGUCCUUAAUCUGAUAGCGCACACAUGUACUGGGGAGUGAGGGGGUUGCUAGUGCCUGCAGAGUCUAUUACCCUCUACACAGAACUUGUAACUAAAGUAUUUAACACAGCGGAUUUUAAAUGAAAUAAAACUGGGCAAUGACUGCAAGGUGGGGGUGUGUUUGAAGGGCUGAGCAGCAGCUCCAGGCUGAGGACUUGGGCAGCAGCAGCAGCCAUAAUGUAGCGUAAGAAACCUGUUACUUGAGAGCAAAGGGGAAGUGGGAGUUGUUCCCAUCACUGGUGGUUACUAAAUGGAGAGCGCUCUGGCUGGGGAGUUUGUACUGUCCUCAAACACUUUCUGGCACAGGAUUGGCUUUUCCCAGCACAGGAUGAGUUCUUCAGGACUGGAGAUCAUCCUUUUUUUGGUCUAGCAGCAGAACUGUUAGGGACAGCAAGGAAAUCCCCAGUGUUUGCUAGAUGGGAGACAGAUUCUUCAAGUACAGCUGUGGAGCCAGGAUGGUUUUUGUCUUGCUACAAGAGGGGAGAGUUGUAAAUCCUGCAGGCAGGGAAGGAGGCUGUUAAGGGUCGCAGAGGGAGAAAAGAGGCAAGAUCAAAGAACUGUAAAGCAAAAGCUGUGGUGCUGAGAGUGUUUCUGUUAAGGAACUGCCACUGUUGGAACAAUAUGAAAUCAUUCCUGGAUCACAGUGGGGUUUUUCCAGCUCUGACAUCAGUGUCAGGGAACGAUUUGCCAUUCCCAGCUAUGAGUGGAGAAGGCAGCCCCUUCAACAGAAAAUCGCUGCACUCACAACUGCUGUGCUGGUGAAAGGUCCUAGUGCAGCUCCUAGUACUGGUUCCCAUGGCUUCCUGGCAGCUAUGGACAAACUGGUGCGUGGAGCCAGCUUUCCUCUUGCCUGUUCCUGGUUGAGGUAGAAGUUCAAAAGGAGAGGGGAAAAAACAAACCCUUCUGUGUGUUGUAGAGGAAGGGCAAAGAGUCCAGCUGCUCUUGUAUAAAUAAAGUGACUGAAAGAGAAAGUGCUGAUGAAAAAAUUGCUGUGAGCACCCAGCCCUCCCUGCUGGCUUAGGCUACAGAGGGCCCACCUUGACUUUGUACAUGAGCAGGAGAAGGGCACUGCCUGUAUCCCACCUGGAGCUGCAAUAAAUG